GACAGGAAAGGAGCAGCUGGCCACUUAGAGAAUGCCAGUGAUACAAUGACCAGUAUAAAUGUCAGCAGGGAGGGCUGAGGGUGGCCAGGGAAGGACAGAGUGCUGUGGGGCCCAAGGAGCCACCUCCAGAGAUGGAGAAGUUCAAGGCUGCCAUGCUGCUGGGAAGCGUGGGUGACGCGCUCGGCUACAGGAACCUCUGCAGGGAGAACAGUGCUUCAGGCUCCAUCCAGGAAGAGCUGCAGAAGGUUGGGGGCCUGGACCACCUCGUGCUGUCUCCAGAGAAGUGGCCAGUGAGCGACAACACCAUCAUGCACAUGGCGACUGCUGAGGCCCUCACCACAGACUACUGGUGCCUGGACGACCUAUAUCGUGAGAUGGUAAGGUGCUAUGUGGAGACCAUAGAGAAGCUUCCAGAGCAUCGGCCUGACCCAGCCACUGUGGAGGGCUGCUCACUGCUGAAGCCAGAUAACUACCUGCUGGCCUGGCACACGCCCUUCAGUGAAAAGGGCUCGGGCUUUGGUGCAGCCACCAAGGCCAUGUGCAUCGGCAUGCGGUACUGGAAGCCAGAACGGCUGGAGACCCUGGUGGAGGUCAGCGUCGAAUGUGGCCGGAUGACCCACAACCACCCCACAGGCUUCCUCGGGUCCCUGUGCACAGCCCUGUUCGCAUCCUAUGCGGUGCAAGGAAAGCCACUGGUGCAGUGGGGGAGAGACAUGCUGAGGGCCAUCCCCCUGGCCGAGGAUUACUGCAAGAGGACCAUCCGGCACAUGGCAGAGUACCAGGAGCACUGGUUUUACUUUGAAGCUAAAUGGCAGUUCUAUCUGGAGGAGAGAAAAAUCAGUGAUGACUCAGAAAAUAAAGCCCAGUUUCCUGACAACUAUGGUGAUGCAGAGGAGAGGGACAAGAUUUACAAGAAGUGGAGCUCAGAAGGCCGAGGGGGACGCCGGGGCCAUGACGCACCCAUGAUUGCCUACGAUGCUCUUCUUGUGGCGGGCAGCAGCUGGGCUGAGCUGUGCCACCGAGCCAUGUUCCACAGAGGUGAGAGCGGCGCGACAGGAGCAAUCGCCGGCUGCCUGUUUGGGCUGCUGCAUGGCCUGGACACUGUCCCCCAGGGCCUGUACCAAGAGAUGGAGCACAGAGCCAGACUGGAGGAACUGGGCAUCGCCCUGCACCGCCUGUCCACAGAGGAAAAGUAAUGCGCGUCCGCAGCCCUGAGAGGGCGCCCUGGGGUCCAUGCACGCAUGCACGCAGGCACACACACACAUGCACACACACGCACACACAUGUGUGCGUGCACAGGACCCCUGCCCCCGAGGGAGGGUGCACUGCGUGGCCUUUACAGGUUAACUCCCUUCUGAAUACCACGUGCCACAUCAAGUCCAUGGUUUGUCCUCCCAGAGUAUUUUUCCUGACCUCACUGGAGUCUAGAGCUGUUUUGAUUUUAUCCUGGCCCUGCUAUGCUCAGGUCUGCAAAUACAGCACAAGACUAGUCCGCAGGA